AUUCUGUUAACGUUUCUAUUUUAUUUUAUUUUCAUUUUGUUUGCCUAAAAAUCAAGUUUCUUGAGCGUACGUACGUGUUAUUCGAUCUAUGUAAUUAAGGCUUUCUGCUCUCAACGACUGUCAACUUAGAGAUAAAAGAUUGUCAAUCAAACAUGUUUAAGAGAAGGAACGCUCACCAACUUGAUGAUGAUUCUCAGCAAGAAAACAAGGUUAGCAAUUUGAGAUCUGCGUUAGGACCGCUCUCGGGACAUAGUUUAGUGUUCUGCUCUGAUGCUUCCUUGAGGAGGUAUUUGGAUGCUCGUAAUUGGAAUGUCGAAAAAGCCAAGAAAAUGAUCGAGGAGACUCUUAAGUGGAGAUCAACAUACAAACCUCAUGAGAUCCUUUGGCAUCAAGUAGCACACGAAGGUGAGACCGGUAAAGUUUCAAGAGCUAGUUUUCAUGAUCGACAAGGUAGAGUAGUGCUUAUAAUGAGACCUACAAUGCAGAACUCAACAUCAGCAGAAGGUAAUAUCAAGCAUUUGGUUUAUCUUCUUGAAAAUGCAAUCCUCAAUCUUCCAAGGGGACAAGAACAAAUGUCAUGGCUCAUUGAUUUCACUGGUUGGUCUAUGGCCGCUAAUGCCCCUAUGAAAACAACACUCGACAUUGUCUACAUCCUACAGAAUCAUUACCCUGAGAGACUCGGUAUGGCCUUUCUAUACAAUCCACCAAGACUAUUCCAAGCAGGCUACAAGGCUAUUAAGUACUUCUUGGACCCACGCACAGCUCAAAAGGUCAAAUUUGUGUACCCAAAAGACAAAACAAGUGAUGAACUGAUGACAUCACAUUUUGAUGUUGAGAAUCUCCCCAAGGAGUUUGGAGGCGAAGCAACACUAGCGUAUGAUCAUGAGGAGUUUUCAAGACAAAUGUAUGAAGACGAUGUCAAAACCGCAAGGUACUGGGGAUUAGAGGAGAAACAGUAUAAGGAACCAAACGGCUUCCAUGCAGCUGAUGUUGUACCUGAGCCGACCUCUUCUCUUGCAUCAGCAGCUAGCUGAGAAUUGAAUGCAUAUGUAUACACAUAACGAAGAAAAGAAGAUUAAUAAACGUUAUUUCGUAUUACAAACGAGUUAAUAAGGUUCUUUCAAGUCCUUGCUCUUUCGCUUAGUAGUGAGCCAAAUAGCAGAGACGUUCCUUGAUUAUAGCUUAAGAGUUAUCCUCUUGGUUCUAAUGUUUUUUCCAUAGUUUUUUUUUUGAUAAAAGAUUUUGUUUUUUUUAUCAGUUGCUAUUUGAAAUACAGUUAUGAUGAUGA